CUAUCAUCUUUUCUCUUUUAGAGACAAGGAUAAUAAAAAAGAAUUGAGAAUAUGUCUUCUCAGACCGAUGCACUCUGUCAUUCAGCAGAUCCACAACAUCCUGCUAACCUAAUUCCUGAACUCUGUCGUCUAUUCUAUACUCUUGGCUGGGUUACUGGUACAGGUGGUGGAAUUAGCAUCAGAAAAGAUGAUCAUGUCUACAUUGCUCCGUCAGGCGUACAAAAGGAAAGAAUGGAGGCUCAUCAGCUGUUUGUCAUGACUCUUGGUGACAGAACAUUUUUGCGUAAACCUGAUGUGUUAAAGCCCUCUGCUUGUACACCACUGUUCUACAAUGCAUACACUAUGCGCGCUGCCGGCGCAUGCAUUCACACUCAUUCCCAAAAUGCUGUCAUGGCUACUUUGUUGUAUCCCGGUAAGACAUUUGAGAUCUCGCACCAGGAGAUGAUCAAGGGUAUCCGACGUGGAUCCUCAAAGACCAAUUUACGUUACUUUGAUAAGUUGGUUGUGCCAAUUGUGGAGAAUACACCCGAAGAGGAGGAUUUGACAGAGCGUAUGGCCAAGGCUAUGGAGGCUUACCCUGAUACUAAUGCUGUGUUGGUCCGUCGUCAUGGCGUUUACGUAUGGGGAGAAAACUGGGAAAAAGCAAAGACAAUGACAGAGUGCUAUGAUUAUCUGUUUGAGAUUGCAGUUAAGAUGAAGUCAAUUGGAAUUGAUCCUGCCCUGAAACCUGCUAGUGAGCCAGAUUAUGUUUAAGAAAAAGCAAAAAGAGAAAGAAAAGUUUAUCAAAAUUAUUAUACAAGUGUACUUCUUUAAUAUUGUAUUUUUUUUUUGCACAAGAAUGGUAGAUGACGUGUCUAAUAUUUUAUCGUUAUUCAAUUCGUAAUACAUUUUAUAUAUAAUC